CUGUUCUCUUCAAAAUGUCAACAACGAAUUUGCUGCCCAUUUCUUCUAAUAUUUACGUUUCGAAAUGAAAAAUGAUAGAUGACCAGACAGAAGAUGAUGAGGAAUUACAGAAAUUCCACAAUGCCGUCCGAGAAUACAUUAUAUUCUUCCUGUUGUGCAUCCUGCUCUAUGUGACAUCAUAUGCAAUUCUCUCCUGGUUUAAGAAGAGAACUGACACAGAGGAAUAUGUGACAGGGGAAGAAGAUGCAUGUGUUUUCAGAAUCGCGUUAUGGCUGUGCACAUUCACCCUUGCGGUGUCUGUGGGGGCCGUGCUGCUCCUGCCAAUCUCCAUCCUGAGUAACGAGGUGCUGCUUAACCAUCCACACAGCUACUAUGUGCAGUGGCUUAACACCUCCCUUAUUCACCGACUAUGGAACUAUGUAUUCCUGUUCUCCAACACUGCCCUGUUUGUGUUCAUGCCGUUUGCCUACUUCUUCACCGAGUCUGAGGGGUUCACUGGAACAAAGGGUAUAUGUGCACGAGUCAAAGAGACGCUGGUGAUGCUGGUGUUGCUAGCUACGUGUGUAAUGGGACUUUUCUGGUCCUCGCUGGCAAUGUUUGGAGCUGAUGAUCAUCACAACAAGAAAACACUCGCAGAUGUAUGGACCGUGUACCUGCCGAUGCUGUACUCUGUAAUCUCCUUUCUUGGUGUGCUGUUGUUGUUGUUAUGUACACCAGUUGGAUUUUUCAGCAUGUUUACAUUUAUGGGGCAACUAAUACAGAGACCACAGUUGUGUUUUCAGUUUUUGCGAGACAUUGACGAGGAACUACACACCUACAAGCUGCAGGAAGGCUCACUGAGAACAAAACUGAAAACACAGAUACAGAACUCCAGGGAUGGGCGUGUCCAGGGAACAAUUUCAAAUGGUCAUGCGAGUCAGACAGAGCUUGAAAACCAACUACAAGAAGUCGAGUAUGACAUACAAGAGCUAGAGAAGCGGCGCCGAUUUUCGCGUUUACACUCUCUGCUGUAUCCAUUCCUCAUGUUGAUCUCUCUGGGACUCACAGUGGUUAUAGUGUUCAUGGUGGCCCAGAACAUGUUCCAGCUUCUCGUGGGCAUCAAGGCACUUCCUGUAGCAGCUAAGGAGAUGUCCCUUGGUAUUACUUCAUUAUCUGCGCUUGGCUGGCCAGGCAGUAUUUUAGAAACCGUUCUUAUACUCUACCUGAUGUCAUCGUCCGUGGUGGGAUUUUACAGCCUGCCGGUGUUUCGACGGAUCACACCGCAUCAACAUGACACUUCCAUGCUGUUCAUCAUACUCAACUGUAGCGUGCUGCUUAUACUGAGCUCAGCACUGCCUGUCCUGUCUAGAACACUUGGUAUUACAAACUUCGACCUGGUUGGGGAUUUUGGUACAAUGGACUGGCUGGGUAACUUCUACAUCAUCUUUAUCUCGAAUGUGGUGUUCGCUGGUGCUACUGUGUUGUGUCUCGUCAACAAGUUUACGGACAAAGUGAGGCACAGCAUAUAUCUACGGAUAAUGACUGUCAUCAGUGCAUUCAUAGAUGAACGUCGGACAAGAAACCAAUCAGCAUCUAGUCUCAACCAGAGUUACCAAAGUAAUUGAUGGAAUUGUUAAAAUAAAGAUAAGCCAAGAUACUAGAUAAGAUUUAAUUUCAGCUAGUAUGACAAAGCGGGGAGUUCCUUGGCACAGAAACCCAGAUUACCUGAGGCAAUUUAAAGCCUGGGACUACCAUUUUGAACUUCUGAACAUCCCUAUUGAAAUCCCCAAAAAGCAUUUUACCCAGAGUAAACCUUUAUAUAGGGGGACCCCAUAUAAUUUCAAAAGACACCCAAGAUGUUUACAAGAGCCCCAGCCCAGAACCCUGCAAUGUACAUGAUUGUGUGUUAGCUUUGCAUAAGCUUUGCAGAGCUUUUUGAACAGACAGAGCUUUUAGAACAACGUAAAUACAGCAGAUUUCCAUGUGGCUUUCUGUACAGUUGGUUGGGUCUUUUUAAUGUUUUAUCCAGAUGACAAAAUUCAUUGUCAUGAGAUUUGCCUAAAUUCAAUCAGUUUUAAUUUGUCUAUGAUGUUCAUGUUUAGGUAAUGUUUUAUGGUGUAUUAGAUACAGUUGUCUUUCAGUAUUAUAAGUACAUGUAAGUAGAAAUGAUGUAUAUCCUUCGAAUUGAAGAUAUGUGGUUGGAAACAAACUGUUUUAGGCCUAUGAACAACCAACCACAGUGUAAUAAUCGUAGACAUAUAUGCUACAGGGAAUUUGCAUUUAUUUUCACAUGCAUAUUCUGCUACUUGUGAUAAAAAUCCAAAUAAAUGUACAUGUACUUGAGUACAUAUAUUACUAGUAUAUAUACUAUCUUGCCUGUACAAAUCAAAACAAAGUAUGAUUUUUCAAGUUAAUAAUUGAAACAGCUGGCCUACAAUGUUGUGAUAACUGUUUAGAAUUAGAGAUGUGUUCUAUUGUUGUGUGUGAUGUAUUCAUGUACAAUAAGUGUGUUUCAUAGUCAGUUUUUAGACAUGCAUUUAACUACCGGUACCAAAAGCAUUGAUGAUAGUCAAACUGUACUUUAAGUUUUUAUUAUAAAAUUCAAUACAUUAAUGAUGAAUAAACUAAAUAAUACAUUUAAUACCUGAACAAAGGGCAGAUUUCACCUGUUUGGUCAAAAUGUUAUACUGAGUAUAUACUACUUGAUGAUUGUAAAAUUGACCAUAGCCGUGACUAAAAAAAUAUUUAGGGGUCAAAAUUAUAUUUUGUCCAGUGGGAUUUUAUUAUCUUUAAAAUUUGCCAUACAUUUAUUUGGUAAAUCAGCAGUCAGCCAUUUUUUUUUAUUUUAAUUACGGUAGGUGAAUUGGUAGAUUUGAGUAGAGACUGGGCCAGUGGACAAAAUAUAAUAUUGACCACUAAGCUGGUUAAAGGGUUAUCAGUAUGCAUUAACUGAAAUAAUAUGGUUAUGUGACAUGUGUCACAUUAAAAUUUUUAUAUUGGUUUAGUAUGUUCUUAUAGCCCAUAUACCCCUACUUAAUUGUGCAAUCAUUCUCUUCUCAGGAAUUGUGGAAGAGGCAAUGAAUGGGAGAAACUCUGAUUUAUUAAACAUAUUGAUCAAUACUUGGAGCAUUUCACAUAUAAAUUGCACUUAAAGUGCUAUGACUUACAAAUGUAGCUAACCAGAUAAACAAAUGUUAGUUAUUUGAAAACUAACAGAAAUUCUAUUUUGCUAUUUUUCUUAGCAAUAUAUUACUUGAUAACACUCUGUCGAAAAAACUUGGUAGUAAAUAUUCUGCUUUAGUGAUAUUUGUUAAUUUAGUUUUUGACUAAAGAAGAUCAGUGCAAUAUUUUGUUUUUGAUUUUUUAUAUAUUUUUGCAAUUAAGAAGGAUGAAAUUAUUGCUUGAAUGGUUCCAGAUUGGCAGAUCUUUUAUCGGAGGUAGAGAAUGAUUCAUCCACAAUUUUGCCAGCCAUGUCAGAUAAAAAUGGUGGCUAUUACAUCAUAUUUGUAUUCAUAAGAUUUUGAGAGUGAAAAAAUGUAUUAUUAUAUGACAAUAUUUAAACAUAUAGAGUCACUCUACUACUACUAAUAUUAUAUGUUAUGAACAUGUGUAUUUGAAUAUAUAGCUGAUUAUUUAUGUUAAUAAUGACUAUAUACAUAUAAUUUAACCUACAGUAUCUACUGAAAUAUGGUUAUUGCCUGAGGAAUGUUGUUAAUGUACAAUGCUUGUACACUUACCUUAAAGGGACUAGACACCAUAUAAUACCAAAGCCAGGAAAAAAAAAAUGUUUAAAACUUGACAUCGCUGUGUACAAAAAAAUGAAUCUUAUGUACUGAUGUAUCACAUCCCUUACGGCACAUGCACCGUUUUUCGUGAAUUGACAAUUCUAGGCUCGUUUUGAGGAUAUACUGUAUUUGCCGAUUUUUGGACCAUCUGGUGUCUAGUCCCUUUAAUAAACAUACAUGUAACAUAUAAGAUGUAACAUAUCGUUAUCCAUGUAGGCCAUACACAUAAAUGUUUUAUGUGCAAUAUUUCUACAAAUCUCUUAUCUUGCCUCUAAAUCUUCCAAAGUGUGUGUGUGAUCAAGGUCGAAGUGUGUAUCAAGGUCGAUGUGUGUGAUCAAGGUCGAUGUGUGUGAUCAAGGUCGAUGUGUGUAUCAAGGUCAAUGUGUGUGAUCAAGGUCGAUAUGUGUGAUCAAGGUCGAUGUGUGCGAUCAAGUGGUGUAUACAUGUAGGAAAUUGAGCUGCAUUGAAUAUUUGUGUGAAAUAUAUUUUGUCACAUGGCAUUGUUUGUUUAGUGUGUAAUACAACAACUUCUUAUUCUAUUAUAUUACACUAGUGUAAUGGGAUUUGACAUUGACCUUAUUUUGCCCUACUUCAAACUUUUUAUAAAAAGGUGAAUUAAAUACUUUUUUGGUGAUGAAUAUGUCAUGUGAUAACAAGAAUUAUUGAAUUUGUUGCUAUUUAAUACAAGUUUUUAUGAAACUCAUUGUGGAAAAGCCUGUUUUUUAUCUUUUCCUAUACUGGUCUCAUUAUUUUGUUCAAGCAGUCAACAUUCUAGUUUCAAAUAUUAUCUUAAAAGAUUGAUGAUUUAAUGACUGAACAAGCUGCUGUUACCUACAUUACAAUAACGGAACAUUGUAAUAUUGUUCAUAAUAAAAUUACCCAUUGUUUAAGGGAAUGAUGAUGUAACAGCUUAUACUAAUGAAUGAACACAUUAUGACUCAACUUAUACAGGAUAAUCGUUUGCUUCAGUGUAAGAUCGCAGUUUACUCCAAAAGCUAGUUUUCACAAGUGGUAUAGCCACAGGUGAAAUAUUUAAUUCUGGCGAUCAUGAGGUGAAAUAUAUUGCAAUCAUUCACUGCAACAAAAAAUCAUUUUUUAUCAUUCCCCUAAACCAGCCAUAAAAUUAUGUUUAAUUGUAGUUUUUAAAAAACAACAACGCCAAAUUGUAUGCAAACAGAACGUUAUUUCAGAAAUGAUGUUGUUGUAUUUGUGUUCCAGCCCUCUGCACCAAUUUCAUUAUAAUCAGAUCCCCAAUACACGCUUCACAAUGUUACGCUUUGUUAAGCAAUGUACACUUCGUAAUGAAAUGAAGUGAACAUCAUGAUGUGAUUUUAAUGAGAUUGUCUCCGCGCUAGUAUUUGAUUUGAAUCUAAGAAUUUGCUAAAAUUUCUAAACAUCUACAAAAUUGAUAUUUUAACUGUUUGAAACAGUGCAAUAUUAUGUUUAUUUCACUGAUAAAUCUCUAUAAAUCACUGGACAACAUAUGAUAAAAAGCUGUUUUAUGAAGCUUAGUUGAAGGAAUAAGGCUUAGAAAAUGCUGUAUAAUAUAACAUUUUUCGAUCUUUUGUGGUUUAGUCCUUGGUGAAUGUUAGUAUGCUUGGAAGGAUGUUUCUUUUUCCUUCUAAUUUGUAUUCUUUCGUUAAUUACAGCAUCCACAUUUUUGGCCAGUUACUAUCAUAGAAGAUUCAUCGUUGUUUUUUGUUUUGUUUUCUUUCAUCUCAUACUGCCAAAACAUGGUAAUGACGGUAUAAUGCUUGGUUCAUGUCAUGUCAUUUUGCUUGCAGUUUUGUUUGAAAAUGUAAUAUUCUUUGAGUAUUAGCUUUCGGCCACCCUUAAAUAUAUCUGUAAGCAACGUUUUCGGGGCCUGAAGAAGCGAAGAGCAACUAAUUUCGUACCAUGUUGUUUUCUUCUUUACUUAUAAUUAGACCAUGAGUAAGUCGUAAUACAAUCAUCAAUGGCCUACAGUAGACUUGCAAUAACAGUCUGGUUUGGGGACUGAAAAUCAGAUAUAGUUUAAGGAUGGCCCUAUUGUCAUUACAUUCUAUGAAUGCCAAAUAUGCUCAUAUGAGCUGAUUGGAGCCAUGCUAUGGUGAUUUGUUUUUCAUCUGUUAUUUUUAGCACCAUUAAAAUUAUCAGAAAAAAAAUCUAUUUUAUUUUUGGAAAUUUUUGGAAUGUGGUCUAAAAACUUAUUUUUAGCUGCAAACAAGGGUCCAGUUUCAUUUACAUUUUUAUUUCCCUUAUCAAAAAAUCUCUUAACAUUUACUGGUUUCUUCAAUUCCUCUAAUGACAUGGGUUAAUUAAUAUGAGGCUUAAUUUGAAUUACGACUGCCGUCAAUUAUGACCAACUUUGUUUAACAAAUGAAUGUAUUGUAUCCAACUCCAACUGUAUUGUUUUUGUCGAAGGUUAUGUUAAAUGACUAGUAAAUUUGGUAACUGGUUAAGCAGUUAUGGAUAUUUAUAUCAGGUUGGUUGGUUCGAUGUCAAUAACACUUUUUUCAAUUAUCCAUUUACUAGUCACUUUUUGUAACAUACUUAUCAUCAACGAUUGUUCAGAACUUUGUUAAAGUUUACAACAAUGUUAACAUCAUCGUUGUUAACUUUUUAAUCUUUACUUCUCUGAAAAUGGACAAGCUAGUGAUUUUCAAUAUUUCUAACAAGGUUAGCGAUAACUGUUUCAGCUGUAUUUGUUUUAUACAAAUACAUGAGCACAUCAUGAACUAUUACAGGUUUUAAAGUAAACAAUAAUGCCAGUAACAACGUUGUUAACAUGAACAAAUCUCUGAGCAAUCAGCAAAAUGUCUGUCUUUUCAUAUUUAAAUGUUUCUGUUCACUGCCAAAAGUGUGCUAGUUUUAUAUUUCAACUCAUUUGUUUCAUUUCAUCCACUUCAUGCACAGUAUUCUUUUCAUGUAUUGUAUUACUUGUCACAAACAUGCUUUAGAGAGAAAGCUGAUAAGCAUAAUGAUUAGUUUCUGUGAUUGCCAUCAUCAUUUAUACUAUUUUCUGAACAUUUUUUUCUUUUCAUUUCUUUGCUUAAUUUCAAUUGCUGGAUACUAUUUCAUAGGAACUUAUCAGACCCAUACCUUGAAAGAUGAUUGAAUGUCAAUCACUCAUUAAUGAUUGAAUGUCAAUCACUCAUUAAUGAUUGAAUGUCAAUCACUCAUUAAUGAUUGAAUGUCAAUCACUCAUUAAUGAUUGGAUAUUACUUGUCUUAAUAUAAAUAAGUAAUAGUUAGUUUGCCAAAUACCUUCAUGAAGUCAACAGACUUAUAAUCUUUUAUUCAACAUACAUUCUACGCAACUAAUCAUGUCUUCAGCGUUAAAGUGCUAUAUGUAUUUAAUGUUAAUCAUAUUACCCGUUCAUAUAUUUAAACAUAAUAAUCGACCGACAUACAAAACUUUCAUCAAGCACCAUAUACUGAGAGAGUUAGGUCCUUUUGAAUUAUUAAGUAAAUUAACUCAUCUUCCCCAUUGACUUAUCUGAAGAUCCAUAUUUGACCUGUAAGUGACCUUGAAAAAAGUUUCAGAAGCCUGACACCAUAGAUAAGACACGAGCAAAUUUAGGAUUACGGACAUCUAGGGUUAAAAAAGUGGAUAGACAUUUUAUGAUACUCAUUAACUCCUAGCUGAGCUUGAGCCAUGGGCUUAUCUCAAAUACCGUUCGAAAUAUUCCCAUGAAACUUUGUAAACUUCUAGCAAAUCUUAAUAUUAACUAUGGUCUUAACUCAAAUACCGUUCAAAAUAUUCACAUGAAACCUUCCACACAUGUUACCAGUGACAAGUACGAUGUUUUUGCCUGUAAUAAAUAUUCAGAUUUGGCCUUAUUUGUCUUAAAACAAACACAUGGACGAACCUUGGCAUCUGCUUAUCAUACUCUUGUGGUAUGUGUCUGUUUUUCUGCUGGGCAUUGUUUUGAAAAGAUGCUCUGAGAUGGUAUCCACUUAUGUCAUGAUUUCCUAUGUCAUGUUCAUGGUCAGAAUGCAUCCGUUUAUUGAAUUCUGCUCAUCAUUGUUGUUUCAAGUAUUUUGUAUUAUAGUUUUACUGUAUUAAAUUAUUUUACUUUUAAA